UAUGUAUAAAUAGUGCAGCCAGAUACUAGGCGUACAUCAACAAGCUCAAGCUAGACGCAAUAACUGUCUUACUUCUAAACAAGCUCAUUCAGCAAGAAAUAUUUUUUGUCCAAUCUGAAGAGAAUGAUUCAGAAUGUGAAAUCCGUUCCUGCUAUUCUAACAAUAUGCAUGUGUUUAUGUGGACUACUGUUGGGUGUUACAAGUAACGUUAUCCCACAAGAUACAACACAUUUGCCAAUUACUUCUACACAAAAACUACCAACUACUACGACGCCAGAUAUUAUAGCCCCGGGUACUGGCAAUGGAUGGUGGAGGGCCUGUAAGACUUCACCCUGUCCGUGGUAUUAUAUACCUGUGUGCGGCACAAACGGCGUCACCUACGACAACGACUGCUAUCUGAGCCGAGAGAACUGCCCUGGCGACGAGCCAAAGGUCAGAGUUCGAGUCCUACACAGAGGAGCGUGUAAAAUAUAGUUGUUGAGAUUUAGUUGUUAUGUUGCAAAUUUUAAAAUAAACUUUUUUUUUUACAUUUUUAUCAAAUGUGUUUAACACCUUUUGAAGGUUUAGUAUUUUCUUCUUCUGUAUUUUGAUUAGCUUUAUCACAUUUUUUUCGAGAUUGUACCAGAUAUUUUCUGUAAUGUAGACACGUUAUGAUGUAAAUAAACUUGGCUAUUAGAACAAACAUCCGUGUUUCUAUCA